UACAGUUAAUCAUUGUCAAUAAUAUACCAGCAUGGAACACCACACACAACCAGUCUGAAACCAGUAUUUUCCAAAAAUAGACUCCAGAUUAUCUCACAGUUAUCAUUCUUUUUUUCAAUAAAUAAGACCUCUGCUUCAUUUAAGUGUUGAGCUCUUUCAGCAUUGGAGAUUAAUUUGUGCGUGUGCAUGCCCGUGUUUGUCAUUAGUGAGUGGACACAGCGUGAUCGAGCAUGCAGCCUCAUUGAUCAUUACCAACCUGGCUGACACUCUGGACCCAUCAUGGAGUCGGGGAAGCAGCUAACAGGUACACUGGCCCUGGCUGUGUUCACAGCAGCUCUGGGGUCGAUGCAGUACGGCUACAGUCUUGGAGUCAUCAACGCACCGCAGAAGGUCAUUGAAAAGCAUUAUGGGAGGUCCCUGGGGGUGUGGUCAGAGAGGGCUGCUGUCCUGUCAGAAAACAGCACAGAUGAAGAAGGGCUCCCAGAGGCGGGACAACACCCUGACGUGGUCAUGUAUUGGUCAUUGUCGGUGGCUAUCUUCUCCAUCGGCGGCAUGCUAUCGUCCUUCCUGGUGGGAUUUGUGGGAGACCUGAAAGGGAGGGUAAAGGGCAUGCUAAUGGUCAAUGUUCUGGCUGUAGCUGCCGGACUGCUGAUGAGUCUUUGCAAGAUGUGGAAACCUCACAUCAUGGUCAUCUCCGGCCGCGCCAUCAUGGGCUUUUACUGUGGGUUGACAUCUGGGUUAGUGCCGAUGUAUAUUGGAGAGAUUGCACCCAAGGCUUACAGAGGGGCUCUGGGCACAUUACACCAGCUGGCCAUUGUUAUUGGCAUCCUCAUCAGCCAGGUAAUAGGAUUGGACUUUAUAUUUGGUAACGAUGAAAUGUGGCCUGUGUUGCUUGGUCUGUCUGGAGCUCCGGCAGUGUUGCAAUCCCUUCUGCUGCCUCUGUGCCCAGAGAGCCCACGGUACCUUUACAUUGUACUCAACAAGGAGCAGGAGGCUCGAAAAAGUCUGCAUCGUCUAAAGGGGGCCUAUGAUGCAACUCCUGAUCUGGAGGAGAUGAAGAGAGAGAAAGACGAAGCAGACAAGGAGCCCAGGGUCUCUAUCCUGUCUUUGAUCCGCUCCUCCGUGUACAGACAGCAGCUGUUUGUCGCCCUCAUGAUGCACCUCUCCCAACAGUUAUCUGGCAUCAACGCGAUCUUUUAUUACUCCACGGCUAUCUUCACUCGGGCUGGUGUCGGUCAGCCGGUCUACGCCACAAUAGGAGUCGGGGUCAUCAACACAGUCUUCACUCUGGUGUCUGUUGCUCUGGUGGACAAGGCUGGCAGGCGCACUCUGACUCUGAUUGGUCUGGCAGGGAUGUGUUGCUGUGCAGUUGCCAUGACACUUGGCCUCAGAUUCCAGGAUGAAUACUCAUGGAUGAGCUACGUCAGCAUGUCAGCAAUCUUCCUCUUCGUGAGUUUCUUUGAAAUCGGUCCUGGUCCCAUUCCAUGGUUCAUAGUCGCUGAACUGUUCAGCCAAGGACCUCGGCCUGCAGCUAUCGCUUUAGCUGGCUGCUGCAACUGGACCAGCAACUUCAUCAUAGGCAUGACCUUUCCAUACAUACAGGCUUUGUUGGAUUCUUAUGUUUUCAUCCUGUUUGCUGUUCUACUUUUUGGCUUCACUGCCUUUAUUUAUUUCCGGGUCCCUGAAACCAAGGGAAAAUCUUUUGAGGAGAUUGCUGCUGUCUUCCAGAAGGGCCGGAAAAAGUCGGCACAGAUCCCCAUAGACACUGCGGAACUGCAGCAGCUCAAAUCAUCCACAGAUGCCUAAAGCAACAGCGGUGUAGAGGAAGGAAAAGGUUUAGCAUGUUUAAACUUAAAGAGUGGCACGUCUCUCUGGUGCUUUCAGAGUAGGGUAGUCUUCUAUCAGGAGAGGCUUUAGAGAUUAAGUCCAAACUGUACAUGAGCACAAGGAGUAGAGGCAACAAACCUUGCUAAAAAGACGCUUUUGACGCCAGAUGUGUCUUCAUCAGUCGGGACGUUAGUCUUUUGGACUUGAUCUCUGAGGUCCCUCCCGAUAGAAGACUGCCCUAAUACAGCUAUGUAUUUGCAUGGUCAGUUUGUAAGUGUGUGCAAGGGCAUGUCCAUUUGUCAGUAUUUCAAAAGUCAAGUGUUAAAGGUCCAGUGUGUAGGAUUAACGGGGAUUUACUGGCAGAAAUCGAAGCUAAUAUAAUAAUUCUUUAAUAACGGUUCAGUUCAAUCAAAUUCAAGUUCAUUUGCCCCCAAAGUGUGGUUCGUUUGGGCAGGUGUGAACUAGGAAAUCACACUCAGGUGCGCACCAAAACAACCAGACUGAGACCUUCUUGAAGAGGUGGUCUCGGUCUGGUUACAAACGAACUCAUGGUGCGGUUCGUUUGUGGUGAGAGCGUGUUCCGACCUGGAUCUGAACCAACUGCAGUCACAUGACACAUUGUUUGGGUUAAACAUGAGCAUGUUACAGUCCUGGAGGAUUAUUAAUGUGCACCUCCUCCUGUACUGCCUUAAUAUGCACAUUCAGCACAUCCAAUGCAUCAAAACAUUGUUUUCUUUUUGGAGCUGCGCCUCGUUUUCAAACUGUAUGGUUUGACUAAAAUGAACAACGACAGCAAUAUAGUCCACGAUGAGCAGCGCUAAAAUCAACCUGCGUAGUAGAUGGACCAGUAAAUCAAAAGCUUUGCCUUCCACGACAGUCCGGCACAGCGCUCGCAUCACUGCAGAAGCUGCACCAAACCGCCGGUACAUCUCACGCUCCAUUCUACCCUCACUUGUGAACAACAUGGCCUCAGAUUUUGAGGUGCUGACUAUCAUCCCGACAGCUUUACAUUUGGCUUUCCCAGUGCAUGCUGGAGGUCAAGGUGUGAUGAAGCGAACAGAACCACAUUCAUCUGCAAAAAGCAGAGAUGCAAUUCUGAGGUUCCCAAACCAAACCCCUUCCUCCCACGGCUGCACCUAAAGAUCCUGUCCAUGAAAAUCACAAACAGGCCAACACCCACCGAGAACAUGUUUGACUUAAUGUCGAGUAUGCGAACGCAAGCCCGAUACCCCCUAGUCCCGUAGUACCCCCCACAAGACUUCUGAAGCGACGUGGACGUAAGGCCUCUCCAAGUCCACAAAACACUUGUAGACUUGAUGGGCAAACUCCCACAAUCCCUCCAGCAGCGUCGCAAGGGUAAAGAGUUGGUCCAUUGUUCCACAGCCAGGACAGAAUCCGCAUUGCCCCUCCUGAAUCCGAGGUUCGACAAACCGUCGGUUUGACUGUCUUUACUGCUGUAAGACACUAAAUCCCCCUACAUCUUACAAACUGGACCUCUGAAGUACAUACAUCCCUAUAGUUUUAUAAUAAUUACUUUGUGACUUAAGGAGAGUGUUUUUUUUUUAUUUUUAUAAUGUAACUAUGAGAACUACCUAAAAACCAGCAGUGACUCACAGUAUCAUGUUUCCGUUAUAUGGAGUGGUGUUUACAUUCAAUCAAAUGAUCUUGCACUGCAGUCAUGUGUCUUGAUCGUUAAAGCAGGUACAGUCAAUACUGGAUAACAUGACUAUAUGUUUGUGAAAGGGGAUGCUUGCAUUGCUGAACCUACAGAGAAUUAUGACCCGACUCUGCAGUUCUCUUCAGUUUUACUGAGCUUUGUAGCGUCUUGUGUUUAAGUUCACUUCAAAUGCUCACAUGGCUUCGUUUUUAAAAGGAGAGUACAUCUGGGGCCUACAUUCAUUGGGGGCCCAAAAACACAUUUCCUAAUGAGUGCUAACAUGUCUGUAGGAUUUAUAAAUAGGCCUCUAAUGGCUAUCAUGUUUGUCACUGUUGAUCUCACAGCUUGUUUCUGCUGGUUUACCACUUAAAAUGCAUUUUAAAAGACUAGUACUGUGAAAUCCGUGCAUCUGAAACUGAGUCAGUGUUUAUAUUUGCAGAGCUCUUAAGGAAAAGUAUUCAUCUAAUAAAGAGUCUGUUGUGCUGCAGUGA